AUGGGACAAUUUAUUGCCAAUAUCAACAUUUCUGGAGAUCCAGCCAUCAAUCACAUUGACCUACGCCUGGAUGGAACUGAUGCUGACUGGUUGUUCCUUGAUGGGAAAACCAUUAGGCUAAAUUCUUCAGAUACAAGGGUUUUGGAUCGAGAGGUGCAUGGUGCGGUUCUAACAGCCAAAGUGAAAUGUUACGAGGAUGGAACCCUUCAAAGUGAACACAGAAUCACAGUGGAGAUCCUAAACCAAAAUGACAACAGACCAGAGUUCCUCCAAAGCACCAUCCAACUUGUACAGAUCAGUGAGCUGACCGCAGUGAACUCGGUAGCUUUUACGGUUCAGGCUACAGAUGCAGAUGGAGAAACUCUUGUAUAUGGCAUUGAUGAAACCUCGCCUGACGCCAGUUAUUUCAGAGUGGACCAUCCCAACACUGGCCAAAUAAUCCUAAACAGAUCUCUGAACUAUGAGACCAAAACUCAGCUGAAGUUACAACUCUAUGCUGUUGAGAUGGAUACUACAGAACACUACAGCACCACGGCCACAUUAACUAUAAAUGUGAUUGAUGCCGAUGACCAGUACCCACAAUUCCAGCCAUGCAUACUUCUUCCCCACAGUCAAAGCAGUCACAUUUGUGUCAACCCUCUAUAUACAGUCAAUAUUACAGAAAAUGAUGUGGACAUGAUCUUGGAUUUCUCUCCUGGCCCAAUCCAAGCUGUGGAUGGAGAUGAGGGGCUGAGAACACCGCUUACAUACACAAUCCUGUCAGGAGCUGAUAACGGACGUUUUGUGAUCAACACUGAAUCAGGGGAAGUGAGGCUUACCAGACGGGUAGAGAACAGACUGCUGAUGCCCACACUAAGACUGCGCAUUAUGGCUGCUCAGCGAGAUGAUCCUAUGAAGUAUUCAGUGGCUACGGCGCUUGUGCGGGUUUUGGCAGAAAAUGUAUUUCAACCACAGUUUAGCCGUUCUACAUACCACGGCUUUGUCACCGAGAGCAGCAGCCCUGCUUCAAUCGCCAUCACCUACGGAAUGAAACUGCUCAUACUGGAAGCUACAGACCAGGACUUCAUAGAUGGCAUUAACCCAAAUCUGUGGUAUUCUCUGAGUCCCAACUCCAACAGCUCUGAGCUGUACUAUGUUACUCAGGAUGGACUACUUAUUGCCAAGGCCAAUCAGCUACAGCCAAAUCACAACCACACGUUAGAGGUUUUGGCCACAGACCAGGAGUCUGGAGAUGUUGUGAAAGCUGUGAUCUACAUAAAUGUUCUAGAGGAAGGAGAACCAGUUCCACAGGGUCCACUGGACGAGAGGCAGGACCAUGGCAGCAGGACAUGGGUAGUGGAAGGGGUGUCAGUGAUGUGUCUGGUUCUAUUAGCUAUUACAACGAUUGUCCUGGUGUGUUUUGUAAAGAAGAGAAGAGUGAGACAGGACCCUGCUGAACGUGCUGAUAUAGCAGAGAACAAACACCCCAAUGUGACUCUCAGACGGUUUCAGUAUCUGGUAAAUCAGAGUGAACCACUGCCCCUGGUUGAAGAAGUCUCCUAUUAUAAUGAGGCAUUUGGUGGCUAUGAUGCCUCCACCUUCGCUCUGCAUGGCAAACAGGGUUUUUACACCCACAGAGAUCAGGACGCCAGUAACAAAUCCCAGUCUUCCAAGACCAGCCUACCACUGAACACCAUGAGCCUGCAAGCAAUAGACUGUGCAUCUCAAUGUUUAGAGUCAAACAGGAGGCCAAUAUUGGCCAGUAUUCCAAUCCAUGAGCAAAUAAGUUUGGUUAAGAACACAGAAAACACUGAUGUAGAAGAUGCCCAACUGGUCAAACUGGACUAUACUGAGAAAAUGAUCCCUGAAAAAAAGAUAGGCAUAACAGAAUUGGAAACUUCAAACACUGAUCUGGACAGAGCUAACCAAAAUCAAGGUACAGAAAAUGCUUAUUUAGAAAAGUUUCUAGGUAAAGCAAAUUCAGACCAAAUCAAUACAGAAAUAGACCAAUCUCCUUUGAUGAAAACAUCUGGAACAUCAUUUACAAAGCAACACAGAUGUCAAAAUGAACAAGAAGCAAAGCAGGAAAUUGGUAGGAGAAUGUAUGAGUUAAAGAUGCAGAUGCACAACCAACCCCACAAACAAAGAUGAAUCUAAACAUACACUAUAUGGCUCGAAGUAUGUGGACACCCCAUUUGAAAAGCCAUAGGAAUUGAUAUCUAGUUGAGCCUUUGCUUCUACAACAGCCUGCACUUUUUUGAAAGGCUUAUGAGGGGCUUUUUACAAGAUUUUGAAGUGGGUAUGUGGGAUUUUGUGCCCAUUCAGGACAAGCACUAAUGUUGAAUAAAAAAGUGUUGAGGUGAAAUUGUUGAGGUCAGGGAUCUUUGCAGUACACUAGAGUUUUUCUUCAUGCCUUUAUAGACCUCGCUUUGUACAUAGGAACUAAGUAAUACUGGAAAAGGGCCUUUCCCAAACUGUUUCCACAAAGUAGAAAGCACAUAAUUUAUUUCAUGUAAAUAAUUUUACACACCUGUUCGCAGUGGGUGUGGCUAAACUCAGAAUUCAAUUACUAGAAGUGGUGUCCAUAUGCCUUUUGCCAUAUAGUGCAAAUAAGUCAAUAACUGAGGUUUUUAUAUCACAUUUAGUAGGGAUGUAACGAUACACUCGACCCACGGUGUGAUACGAUUCAUGAUACUGGGUUUUCGAUAAAAUUUUUUCCACAAAAUGAAAUUGAAGACAAAUUAUGGCAAAGUUUCCUUUUAUUAUUUCUAUUUAAAAUAAAAUACUGGAUUUGUGCUUAUAUUUAAUUAAUCUAAAUAAUAAAUUGCCCUUUUAUUUCCGAGGUAGGUACAAACUAUGCAUAAUAAUGCUGCACGUUUCACUUUUUGUGUAAAAAAAAAUAUAGAGCCAGCGCCCUCUGCUGUUUCAAGUGAAUAUCGAUUCAUCUUAAAUGAACAACCAAUUAAAAUCGUGACACAUGCGCACCGAUUUUUAACUGUCUUCCAGUGCAUCGUUACAUCUCUAACGUUUAGUCAUUUUCAUCAAGCACUUUAUUCUGAUCAGGGUCGUGGCAGGUCCAGUUUCACUAAGUUACAUUGGACGCAAGGCAGGAAUACCCUGGACAGGGCACCUAUCAAUCAUAAGACUUCAGCAUAGACAUAGCCACAUAGCCAUAGUCAUAAUAAAUUAUUAAAUAUGGACAUUAUUAAUUAUUAAUAUUAUUGAUAUAUGUCCAUAUUUAAUCUUUUAUUUUAACCCUAUUACCUAAAGAUGCUUCAAGCAAACAAAAUAAAAAUGUGUACGUUUGUACAUUUCUGAAAUGUACAAACUAUAUUUUUUGUUAAGACUGGGUUAAAGAAGUGCUCAUUCUAUUCUGUGGUUAUUUCUCUUGCUGUACUUUUGUGGCAUGUAAAAAGUGUUCAGUAAAGUGUUUUCUUUCCUGUCA